AUGAAUCCUACUGCGCAAAAAUUAUCGCCAAAAAAAGUUGUGACCAGAUCAGUGUCGUCCGCCUCUACUAAGUCUCUUAACUCACCAAAUUUUUCUUCUUCUCUGCUAUCGACCGAUGAAUUCAACAUGUCUAGUAUCAAAAAUGCUCAAGAGGAGACUUUAUCACAUUGUAAAGUUCUUCUUUCUUCCCAGAAUAAAGAAUUCGGUAAGCUUAAAUCGAGUGUUGACCAGUUAUUUUCUAUAAUUAGCGAAUUGAGGUCUGAAAACAAUCUUCUUCGUGAGGAUCUAUCAUCUCUAAAAAAUCGUGUUAUUAAUCUUGAAUCAAAUCAAUCAAUCAAUUCUCCUGAAUUUUCAGACUGUGAUACUAUGCCUCAACUCUUGCAUGAGCUAACUGAACGUGAUAAAUGUUCAUAUAGUUUAAUUGUACACGGACUUCCUGAAUCUACGGCUUCUUUAGCAAAUACCAGAAUAGCCGAUGAUUUAAAAAGUCUAUCGGAUACUGCCCAACUAUUAACGUUAUCUCUUUCUCCAGAUGUCAAAUUAUUUAGGCUCGGUGGUGGUGGCAGCAAUAAAGUGAGGCCGUUAAAAGUCAUUUUUUCUUCUAAAGAGCUUGCUUCUACUUUUAAUAGUGAGUUCAAUGUUGGUAAGCGUAAUGCUAGAGCUCAUUCUAUUUCUAUUGCUGUUGUUCGUGAUCGUACUCUACUGGAAAGAAAACAUAUACGUCGUGUUUAUACUGAACUUGAGGAACGUAAAAAGAACGCUGAAUCCAAUAUUAUGGUCAAAUACAGGAAUGGAAUACCUUCUAUUGCUCCAGUUACUAAUAGGUCUGUUUCCAAGACUAAUGCUACCUCAUCUGAUGUCACAAAAAGUAACUGA